GCGCCGUCGCCUCCGCAACUUUUCUUACACUUCGAGGGAGCGGCGGAGGCAGGAGCGCGCCAGUCCCAGCAGCGGAGAAGGAGGAGGAGAAGAAAGCGGAAAAGAAGGGAAGGAAAAGAAUGUAGUGGAGGGCGAGAGGAAGAGGAAGGGAGGGGAAGUGGCACCGUUUGGGCCAUGGAUUGGGUCAGGCUGCGCCGCUGCUGCUGCGCCCUGGCGCUUUGAAUCACCCGGAGUCGCUCGCUCGGCGAUGGAAAGAGCUGCUACCAACGAGGUCACCUGAAGCCCGAGAGAGAGAGAGAUUGCUGAGGAGAAGGAGGGCCAGAGCGAGCCCACGCUUUGCCCCGUCGCCUGUGGCUGAUGGACCUUCUCCGGGCCCGGAUCAUCGCCGCCCUUUCCCCUCGCAGGAUCGGGGCUCCCUUGGCUUGGAUUACUAUUCGUAUUGCUACUCCUCGGCAGCUCCGGCGCCCCGCUUCCUGACUGCCUCCUUCUCCCUUUCCCCAGUCGUCGUCUUCGCCCCCCUUUGGACCCCUUCCCUCGUCAACAAUGGAGAGGUCCGUGGCAGCGCGGGUCCACAGCGGAGCUUGGCGGACGGGAGCCAUGCCGCCCAAGGCCCUCUUCUUGGCUCUGGCCAUCUUUUCUUCCCUGAUCCAAGUGGUGAUAGAAGCCAGCUCCUGGUGGUCUCUGGGUAUGAACCACAUGAAUCCAAUGAACCCAGUUCAGAUGCCUGAGGUGUACAUCAUUGGGGCCCAGCCGCUGUGCAGCCAAUUGACAGGCCUCUCUCAAGGACAAAAGAAACUCUGCCACUUAUACCAGGACCAUAUGCAGUACAUUGGCGAGGGAGCCAAGACGGGGAUAAAGGAAUGCCAGUAUCAGUUUCGCCAUCGAAGAUGGAAUUGUAGCACUGUGGAUAAUAACUCUGUUUUUGGCAGAGUCAUGCAGAUAGGCAGCCGGGAGACCGCUUUCACCUAUGCAGUCAGUGCUGCUGGGGUUGUUAAUGCCAUGAGCCGAGCCUGCAGAGAGGGGGAGCUGUCUUCCUGUGGCUGCAGCCGGGCUGCCAGGCCAAAAGAUCUCCCCAGGGACUGGCUGUGGGGCGGCUGUGGGGACAACAUUGAUUAUGGCUACCGCUUUGCCAAGGAGUUUGUGGAUGCCCGUGAGCGAGAGAGAAUAUACCAGAAAGGGUCAUACGAGAGUGCUAGGAUCUUAAUGAACCUUCACAACAAUGAAGCCGGAAGGAGAACUGUGUACAGCUUGGCGGAUGUGGCCUGCAAAUGUCAUGGCGUAUCUGGAUCUUGCAGUCUAAAGACCUGUUGGCUACAACUGGCUGACUUUCGCAAGGUUGGAGAUGCUUUGAAGGAGAAAUAUGAUAGUGCAGCAGCUAUGAAAAUCCAUCAAAGGGGCAAGUUGGUGCUAGUCAAUAGCCGCUUCAAUGCACCAACUAUCCAUGACUUGGUGUACAUUGAUCCUAGCCCUGACUAUUGUGUGCGCAAUGAGAGCACUGGCUCCCUGGGCACUCAGGGACGGCUGUGCAACAAGACUUCGGAAGGCAUGGAUGGCUGUGAACUCAUGUGCUGCGGCCGAGGCUAUGACCAAUUCAAGACCGUGCAGACAGAGCGCUGUCACUGCAAGUUCCAUUGGUGCUGCUAUGUAAAAUGCAAGAAGUGCACAGAGAUUGUGGAUCAGUUCGUCUGCAAAUAGAUGGGAAUGGGUGGCAGUGGUUUUUCUGAUCUACCAGCAGGGGAAGGGGAUGGGAUUACCCUGAGAUGAUCUCCACUCUUAUUUAUAGAGCCCAAUGGGUUGCUUUACCUGUUUAUAUAUAUAUAUUAAAAUGUGCAAAGAGAAGUGAUGAGAAUCCUUGCUGCAUCCAACUCAGACUGUGCAUAGUUAUAUAUAUAUAUAUAUUUUCUAUAAUGGGGAAAAACCUGAGAUAAUAUUUAUUUUACACAAUUGGAAAUAAGACUUUAAAAUGAAAAGACAAAGCAGCUUGAGGGGAGAUUCACCCCAUUUCUAUUUAGUCUCAUGAGGUGGUUGGGCUGGAUGGCGCUUGUGGUUUCUUCCAACCCGAUGAUUCUGUGACAUACUGCAUAUGCAAUAGAUGAGAUAUCUGUGCCAUGCUUUAGAUUGGAACAUGAACCAUGUGGACUUGGUGACAGAUGUGUGAUAAUUUUUUUCCUAGCCCUUUUGAUCAAAAAGAACCAACCAGGCACACCAUUAUUUUAGAUAAAUGUUUUAGGGCUGUGCAAACUGUGGUCCUGGGGCCAUGUGCUGUUUUUGCAGCUCUUGACACCUCCAGACUUCCUGGACCAUACUUGUUUCCCUUGAGAAAGUCUUUGGGAGUGGCAGAUACCUAUCCAACUAGACCCUCAUUGCACUGUUCUAAUAUCAAAAGCAUACACUGUAUACUCAUUUAUAAGUUUCGCUUUCAUUUUUUAAAAAAAGAACUAUCCCCUUCUUUGCGUAGAGUGACAAAAGACAAAGGCUUAGUCCAGCCCAGGAAAACUUAAUAGAAGCAUCAACCCCUUCUACUCUCUCCAUCAUGGUACUGCUUGUGGCCUUUUUGAAUGCCUGGACAGGGAAAUGUCAGCAGUCUCUGAGGCCCCUUCUACACAGCUGUAUAAAAUCUACAUUGAACUGGAUUAUAUGGUAGUGUGGACUCAGAUAAUCCAGUUCAAAGCAGAUAUUGUGGAUUAUCUGCCUUACUAUUCAAGAUUGUAUGGCUAUAUGGAAGGGCCCUGAGGUGGCAUUGGUACUUUUCCCUCUACAAAAUGGCCCCUUGACCUCUCCACAGGUCAUAUUAAAAUCCAUAAUUUUUGCCCCCAGAUCAGCCCUCAAUUUAUACAUGAGGUUGCCUUAUAUAUGAGUAUAUACGGUACCAUUCUUCAGAACCAGAAGUGAUUUAGGUCAAUUUCCAAGAGAUAUGGGGCCUUUUUGGCAUCCAUCAACCCCUAGCAAGAUCCCAGGGGCAGAAGUUUGUUCAUCCCAGUCUAGAAGGUUUAGAAUAUAACUUCCUGAACAUCAGUUGCAUGGCAGCUUGUGACAGCAUGGGUGAAAGCACAUGAUUCCCAGAGCUGUGUUGCUUGGCUACAUCUGAAGGUAUAUUAUUAAUCUCUAGUCGCAUUUUUCAUUUAUGCCUGAGAGAACCUGUGAAUCUGCAUUGUGGGGAUGACACCAACAAAGAAGAUAACCUUUCAAGAAUUUUAGCAAGGGAAGAUGCACUUUUCUCAUAAGCCCCACUGAAAUAAUGCAUUUUUUGUGUCUAAGAGGAAAGUGGAAAAAUUGUUAACUGGCUGGGGUAAGACCAAUUCUUCAAAUAGUUUAGCAGAUCCAGGAGGAAGAAUAUCUGAUUACAUGGCAUAGAUUCAAACAGAAUUUGGAACACAACCAUUUCAUAAAAUAUGCAUAAUGUUGCUGCCUUACUUUGAAGGAAUAUUGAAGAACACAUGGAACUUCCUAAAGCACGUGUGCUACUUUUAAUGUGCCUGCAAUCUGCCAAAUUCUUUUCUAAAAAGAAAAGAAAGAAUAAUCUGAAUUAAACUAAUUCUUUGUUUUUAAAGUGUUGUGGGUGGUCAGGUCCCUUUCAGAAGUGGAAAUGGAGCAACACUGUGGAAUUUGGGAAAAUGUUGGUGCAGUAUGAUGCAGUAGCUUGAUAUUUUAAUAAUUGACUACUACAGUUCAAAAUCAAGUAUGGCGCAGUAUCCACUUUAUCAUCUUGUGUUUCUUUUGUUCUUUGUUUUAAUGCACAAUAAUUUAGAAUAUAUUACAGCUAUGCGCAAACUUGCUCAGACUGUAUUCGAGCAGUUUACAUAUAUAUGGGGAAACUGGCCUUCUGGUUUCUGGUAUCUCAAACCUUUUAGAAAAAAAUACAGGAUUACUAAAAAAAAAUAAUAGCCAUCCAAGUUACUGCUGGGAACAAUUUCUUUGUUUAGACUAAGCACAUAGCACAAAUGUGCUAACAUCACCUUUGGGUUUUAUUUAGGUUGGGUCCUAGCUUCUUUUUGUGGGGUUUCAUUACACAUUUGCAUUGAAGAGUAAGCCAGUCACAAAUGAUUAAAUUCAAAGGAAGCUCUUCCAACUCAAUUCAGUGAAAACAUUUUCUGAACAUGCUCUGCUGUUCUUAGGCUGCAGGUAUGGAAAACUUAAUGGAUUAGUUAACCAUUUCUUCUAGAAUCUCUUCUUCUGUGGGGGCAUUAUUGCAGAUAAACAAAUAGAUCCAGAUUUCUUUCACAGGUGGCCUUGAUUCACUUAAAAAGAUAAUUUUCUUUCUGUUAUCACAAACUCAUGUGGUCUUUCAUUGUUUUUCCAGUCAUGUCGUAAUUGGAUCUUGCCCAAUAAAAACAAGCAAAAGAGAAUGUAUGCCAUUUUAGCAUUACUCAAAAUUUUAAUUUUUGACAAAGUCAUGAGCUGUCUCAUUAGUUCCACCUUUUCCAAUGUUGAUGGCUCUUAAUUUAUUGUGCAAGGAAAUAUUUACUUCCCUGGCACCUCAUGUUUAAAAAUCAAUGUCAAAUUUGGAAAAAAAAAUAAAAAAAUAAAGCUCUAGUUCAUUAAAUAUGUUACUUUUGGUUUUUAUUAUACAAAAACCAUAAUCCUUUAAAAUAUGCUCAAUCACUUACUCUACAUGGGACUCCUGUUUGUCAGCAGAGAGGGGUGUAAUGAUCCUAGUUAUUAAAAUGUUAUUUAAUGUACAAUACUUCACUUGUGUUCUUCAGAUAUUAUGUAAAUCUACCAUGUCCUCUUUGUUCUGUACAUUUAAUGUACAUAUUUUCAUCUUGUGUGAUUUGUAUAUUUCACUGGUGUUUUUUUAAAAAAGACUUAUGCCAUAAUGGAAGAUAGACUAUAAAAAUAAAAUGCUGGUUAUAUAA